CGAGCCUUGACAGACUUCCCACCGCCGCCAUGUUUACUCCUGUCGCUGUUAUGUCACUCCCGCCGCAAGUGCUGCCGGGAAGUGUGGUUUUCAUAACAAGGAAACGGAACACAUGCUGCAGAAGGACGGAUCAAUGUUUGUGAUGGGAACGCGCUCUCUGGCUUUGGUUUUUGACUGGUUUUUGGUUGCUGAUCGCCCGAAAAGAAGCUUAACUGUUUGAGUGGUAAGGAGAAAGUGGACCUGGAGUGAUGCCGCCCACGAGAAGACGAAGCAAACGGAAGUUAAAUUCAGGAGAAGCUGCUGAAACAGAAUCUCCUGCUAAGAAAAAGGUAGAAAGCAAGAAAAACGCAGAAAAAAGCUCUGCGCCGUCGGAGUUUAGUCACUGGCUAAUGAAGUCUGAGCCCGAGAGCCGCUUUGAAAACGGCAUUGAUGUCAAGUUCGGGAUUGAGGAUUUAAAAGCGUUACCAAACCAGACGGGCUGCUGGGACGGUGUCCGCAACUAUCAGGCUCGGAACUUCAUGCGGAACAUGAAGGAAGGGCAGCUGGCGUUCUUCUACCACAGCAACUGCAAGGUGCCGGGGAUCGCAGGAGUCAUCAAGAUCGUGAAGGAGGCGUACGUGGACCACACUCAGUUUGACAAGAAAGAUGUUCACUACGACGCCAGCAGCCGGCCGGAGAACCCCAAGUGGAGCAUGGUGGACGUUCAGUUUCAGAGGAUGAUGAAGCGCUUCAUUCCGCUGGCGGAGCUGAAAGAGCACCACCUGGAGCAUCGUGCGAGCGGAGGGCCGCUGAAGGACAUGGCCUUAUUCACCAGAGCCCGUCUUUCUGUCCAGCCCCUCACUUCUGAGGAGUUUGACUUUGUACUAAGUUUGGAGGACCAACAGCCCUGAAGAGGAUGAAGCCACACUUGCUGAAAACGUGUUCAUUUGUUGUUUUUCUAU